UCCACGAAUGUAAUUUCUAGAUAAGUAAUGUAGAAUAUUGUAGAUAUUUUCUAAACUUUCUAAAAUCUGCUUUUAUUGUGAGAAAUAUUUGGUUUGACUGUACCUUUAUUGCUCCGUGUGGUGUCAAAAUGUUGACGUUAAAAGAUAGGCAAAUAAAUGCAAUCAAGCAAAUGCUUAAUUUGAAUCAACCCCAGACAAAGGUCUUGGCUGCGGAACCGGUAUGGAAAUUGCUGAUCUACGAUCGUGUCGGGCAAGAUAUUAUUUCACCUCUCAUUGCUAUCCGUGAACUGCGAGAACUGGGCGUUACACUACACAUUCAGCUACAUUCGGACCGAGACUCGAUACCGGACGUUCCGGCUAUUUAUUUUUGUGCUCCCACCGAGGAAAAUUUGGGUCGAAUAGCGCAAGAUUUCCAAAACGGAUUGUAUGAUGUGUAUCAUCUAAAUUUUAUAUCACCAAUCUCCCGACAACGGUUAGAGGAUUUGGCUGCAGCUGCACUGCAGGCCGGUUGCGUGGCAAACAUACAUAAGGUUUACGACCAGUAUGUCAAUUUUAUAACCCUGGAGGACGACAUGUUUGUGCUUAAACAUCAAAACAGUGAUCUGCUUUCGUAUUACGCAAUUAAUCGUGCAAAUACACAGGACUUUGAAAUGGAAAGUAUCAUGGAUAGCAUCGUGGACAGUCUGUUUUCUGUUUUUGUUACGCUAGGAAAUGUUCCAAUUAUCCGCUGUCCAAAGCACACAGCUGCUGAGAUGGUUGCUCGCAAGUUGGAAAAGAAACUGCGGGAAAAUCUAUGGGAUGCGCGCAACAACUUGUUUCACAUGGAUGCGACUCAAACUGGAACAUUCAGUUUUCAGCGACCGUUGCUGAUACUAAUGGAUCGGAACUUAGAUAUGGCCACGCCGCUGCACCAUACCUGGACCUAUCAAGCUCUAGCUCAUGAUGUUUUGGAGUUGUCUCUGAAUCGAGUAAUCGUGGAAGAUGACAAUGAGAAAGCGGCUUCCACUGGGGCUAAGUCAAAAAUGAAAGCAUGUGAUUUAGAUUCGCGCGACAAAUUUUGGAGUUCACAUAAGGGUAGCCCCUUUCCGACGGUGGCCGAAGCGAUACAGGAAGAGCUGGAACAGUACCGUUCGUCGGAAGAUGAAAUCAAAAAGCUAAAGUCUACCAUGGGAAUCGACGGUGAAACGGAUGUAGCAUUUUCAAUGGUCAAUGAUAACACGGCAAAGCUAACGAGUGCAGUAAACUCACUGCCACAGUUGAUGGAGAAGAAGCGUCUGAUUGAUAUGCACACCAAGAUUGCUACUUCUAUUCUGAGCUUUAUCAAAGCUCGACGGCUGGAUUCAUUCUUUGAACUGGAAGAAAAGAUCAUGUCAAAGCAGGCACUCGAUAGGGCCUUAAUAGAAGUGCUUCGUGAUCCAGAGUUUGGCACACCGGAGGAUAAAAUGCGACUUUUCAUCAUCUACUACAUCUGCAGCAAUAUGGCGGAAGCAGAGUAUCAAAGGCUGGAACAGGUUCUGAAGGAGUGCGGAUGCGAUUUGGCACCGAUGCCGUACGUACGAAGGUGGAAGAGUAUAAUGAAAAGCACAGUUUCAAAUCCUAACCAGUAUGAAGGUAGCGGCACCAAAACGGUAUCGAUGUUUUCUAAGUUGGUUACGCAGGGUUCGUCGUUUGUGAUGGAAGGUGUUAAGAAUCUGGUUGUCAAGAGACAUAACUUACCGGUUACGAAAAUCACUGAACAACUGAUGGAGUGUAGAGCGGGCGGCGAAGUUGACGACUAUCUCUAUCUGGAUCCGAAGCUGCUGAAGGGUGGUGAUGUGGUACCGAAGAAUCGUGCACCAUUCCAGGAUGCCGUCGUUUUUAUGAUCGGCGGUGGUAAUUAUAUCGAGUAUCAGAAUUUGGUGGACUUUAUUAGAACGAAACAAACCGCGGCCGGUAAUAGGAGAAUAAUUUACGGUGUAUCAACAUUGACGAAUGCGAAACAGUUUUUGAAGCAGUUGUCGUUGCUGGGUCAGGAGAUUGGUGGAGCGUAACGCGGAAAAAAACAGUUGUAAAGGGGCUGGGUUGAGUUGAGGAUAAAGCGACGUAACUAUGGAGGUACUAGUACUACGCUAAAGCGCUAAUUCGUUACAUUGCCUGUUUUGUAGCUAUUCAAAUUAUUUCGGAAUAAAAAUAUACUUUUCAACAGCGCAGUAUCUAUUUAUAAAGAUUA